AUGAGUUCUGAUACCUUUAUCACUUCAACAGGAUUAUCGGAUACAGAGAAAAGUGAACUUGAGCUUAUAGUGAGAGAAAGGUAUGCCAAUACUACUUAUAGUCCAGAUUUGACCACUGAUGUGAAAGUCCUAGUAAUAAACAAACGUGGAAGCCAUAAUAUAUGGCUGAAAUCUCGCAAAUUCAUGUUUGUUGCAUCCUUCCGUCCAGACAUUAAAGUCAUUGAUUUAAGGGAGAUAUGUGAUUCAGAUAAUUUUGGAAAAGAUAUAUCUGAAUUAGCAUCCAUAAAACCGUUUGAAAAUUUAAAGGUUUCAUUAAGCCGCUUGGAAGAUGGAAUGCUGGACAAAAUUCGACUAAUCAUUAAUAAUAAUGGAGGUAAAGCCGUGAGUCAUUUGACCAAUGACACUGAUGUACUAAUAAGUAUGGUUGCUGAAGGUCAAAGGUAUGUGGCAGCUGUUAAAUGGGGGAUACCCGUUGUAAGUCCUGAUUGGUGUUUUGAUACUUUGGAAAGAGGAUUACCGCUAAAUACAGUGUUUUAUAAGCUAUCCACCAACGUUACUAAUAUUGUGAGGAGAUUGAACUUUGAGAACGAUGAAGACAAGGUGGGUAGUGAAUUUUAUGUCAAAACAUAUCAGUUGGGACGACGAGAUCAAGCUUGUGAUUGGGAAAAACUGAAAGAGUGGAGAGAUAAAGAGAGUGAUCGACAAUUGGAAUCAUACAUUAAAAGCAGAGUUCAAAGUGACCCACAAUGUAGUAUUGAAGGUGCUGUCCUGCCAACCAAUGUAAGUUUGUCAGCCAACAAUGAUCUCAAAAGAAAAUUUGGAAAGGGGGACACUGAUGAAGACGAUAUAGUGAAGAUCAGAAAAUCAACAAAAACAGAUGCACUCUGGGAUUCUGUAAUCAAAAAGAAAAAACCCAAAUCAGUGGAGUCUGCGUUAUCAAGCCCCGAUUUGCUUAAGAGGAUGAUGAUGAAAAAGAAGGAAGUGAUUGUCAAGGAUACAAAACAAGAAAAGAAACCUAUAAUAGCCCCGAAAGGUUCAAUAUUGGGGGCAUAUACCUUCAAGUUAGAGCAUUACACGGAUGAUGAAAGACACAAACUACAGAAAGUGAUCUCUAAGUUUGGCGGGAAAAUUACUGAAGAUGAGAGCCCGUGUGACUUUAAAGUGAUUAACUAUAAGUUUAAUGAUGUUAUUGCUGACACAUGUUCUAGGUACGUGGUCACAGAGUUUGCUAUUGAGAGAUUUAUUUACAACGAAAGAGUGGAUUUCGAUCAAUGCCUUUGGUGCAAGCCAUUGAUCAUACCAGCAUUCACAACAAAAGAGUUCAGGAUUCGUAUACUCCAAGAGAGUGUGGAUACAGUUAAAUCCGAAAAAAAGGUGAAAACGUGUAUAUCAGGCUUCCAAGGAACAGAUCUAUCACAAAUUGAACGAAUCGUCAAGGAAAAAUUAGAAAAUUGGGUGGAAUUUAGCCCUAUUUUUGACAAAAGCUGUGAACUUCUUGUUGUGGAAAGACUUUCAAGUCAUCAUGUAUCAUCACCUAUAACAAACUCUGUCCGCAAACAGAAUUUGGCGUCAAAAUGGGGUGUUCGUGUUUUGUGUUUCAAUGACUUCCUGAAGAAUUUACUGGAGUAA